AUUCCUCCUCUGACCUCUGACCUCUUCCUCCAGGUUCUAUAUAAAGUCUACAUCUCCUUCGUGGAGGUCGGAGUUGAAAACGUCCAGAUGGCAGAUUACUUCAAAGGAGUCGCCUCCUUCCUCAUCGUCAGUCUUGGGGGGACCCUGGUGGGUCUGGUCUUCGCCGUCCUCCUGAGCUUCAUCACUCGCUUCACCAAGCGGGUCCGGAUCAUCGAGCCGCUCUUCGUCUUCCUGCUGGUCUACCUGGCCUACCUGACGGCCGAGCUCUUCUCGCUGUCCGCCAUCCUGUCGAUGACCUUCUGCGGCAUCGGGGCCAACAAGUACGUGGAGGCCAACAUCUCCCAGAAGUCCCGGACCGCCGUCAAGUACACGAUGAAGACUCUGGCCAGCAUCGCCGAGACCGUCAUCUUCAUCUUCCUCGGCAUCUCCGCCGUCGACAAGACCAAGUGGGCCUGGGACUCCGGCCUGGUGGCCUGCACCCUGGUCUUCAUCCUGGUCUUCAGGGCCGUGGGUGUGGUGGGCCAGACGUGGGUCCUGAACCGGUUCCGGCUGGUCCCCCUGGACCGGAUCGACCAGGUGGUGAUGUCAUACGGCGGCCUGCGGGGGGCGGUGGCGUUCGCCCUGGUGGUUCUCCUGGAUCCAGAACGGGUCAAAGCCAAAGACUACUUCGUGGCUACGACCAUCGUGGUGGUCUUCUUCACCGUCAUGUUCCAGGGUCUGACCAUCAAGCCUCUGGUCAAGUGGCUCAAAGUUCCUCGAUCCACCAACAGGAAGCUCAGCAUCAACGAGGAGAUCCACGAGAGGGCCUUUGACCACAUCCUGGCAGCAGUGGAGGACAUAGCAGGACUGCAGGGCUACCACCACUGGAGGGACAAGUGGGAGCAGUUCGAUAAGAACUACCUCAGCAGGCUGCUGCUCAGGAAGUCGGUCUACAGGAAGAGCGAGCUGUGGGAGGCGUACCAGAGGAUCAACAUCCGGGACGCCAUCAGCCUGAUCGACCAGGGGGGGAAUAUCCUGACCUCAGCCAGACUGUCUUUGCCUUCGAUGGCCAGCAGGACGUCCUUCCCUGAAGUCACCAACGUCUCCAACUACCUACGGGAGAACGGCAGCGGUGUGUGUUUGGACCUCCAGGCGAUUGACAACGUUCCCGGGUCCAAAGUGGAGGAAGAGACAGAGACGCACCACGUCCUCACCGGGAACCUGUACAAGCCCCGCAGACGGUAUCAGUCCCACUACAGCAGACACUUCAUGCCUCUGGGGGAGCAGGAGCGUCAGGACCGGGAGGUCUUCCAGAGGAACAUGAGGAGCCGCUUGGAGAACUUCAAGUCCUCCAGACACAAACGGCACCGGAAGGACCGCAGCCUGAAGAAGCGUCGUGGUUCCGAUGUCAAAGAAAUGGACGGUGGAGACAAACCGAGACGGAACGUCAGCUGGCAGGACAAAGAUCCAGUCCAGGUUCCUGGUGAUUCAGAUGAGGAGAAACCUUCGGAGUGUGAGAAGGAUGAAGAUGUUGGAAUCACCUUUGUUGCUCGUAAAGUCGACACAGUGAAGCAGCGUCCUCACUCAGUCCCUGCAGCCCUGGAGGGGGGACAGCCCCCCCCUGCUCCUCCUCCUCCUCCGGUGUCCUCCUCCCCCUCCUCCCCCUCGGAGGCGGCCGGCCUCCUCCCGUGGAAAGGAGGCCUGGGUUCUCCUCCUCCCUGCGUCUCCCUGGAGGCCACUAAAGUGAUCCCUGUGGACCUGCAGGAGGCCUGGAACCAGAGCAUCUCCUCCCUGGAGAGCGUGUCCUCCCCCCACGCCCCCCCGGAGCCCCUCCACCCCAGGAUCAGCGCCCUCUGCAGGGCCGGAGGGCCCCGCCCCGCCUCCUACACCCCGCCCGGCACCUCCUCCCUGAGGGAGCGGGAGGAGGAGGAGAGGGAGGAGGCUCUGCAGGAGGUGCAGCCUCUUAUGCGGCCCCUCCCCCCCCCCCCGCCCCCCCCUCCAGGCUCCGCCCCCGGCCCCGGCAGGAGGAGGAACCCCUGUGUGUACCUCCGGAGUCUGGUGACGACGCCCCCUGCUGAGACCAGCGAGCCACACAGCCGAGGCCCCACCCAGCUGUGAGCCGACCAAUCAGAGAGCAGGAGCCCCUCCGCCAAUCAGAGAGCAGGAGCCCCUCCACCAAUCAGAGAGCAGGAGCCCCUCCACCAAUCAGAGAGCAGGAGCCCCUCCACCAAUCAGAGAGC